UCAUAGAAGGGUGUUCUACUACGGAGUGGUGUAAUGGGCAGCUUUGUCACCCGCAACUGCUUAUUCGCUGACCGUUUGUCAUACGCGAAAACCACGCGCCUGUGACCGCCGAUGGUGCUCACACAAUCCAUCUCCCUGUGCGAAUUCCGGGCUGCAACGGGCUUUGCUUAUACCGUUUUGUUGCCUCCGGCGGUGACCGCGGAGGGCUGGGUACAGAACGUCACCAACUUCCGUAAGCAUAUGAAAUGCACACAAACGUGUUCCUUGCUGAAUGUGUGUUCCCAGCGACUAAGUGCCAGGUCCAGGAACGCUAGCAAGAAACAUGUGGAGCGGACGAAAGUCCAAUCCAUUUUGGCCAUCCCAAAGAUCAGCUGCUGAGUCUUCGACGAUCGCCAGAUGGCUGCGUAGCAGGGCUUGAGUCUCAAGCCAUGAGGAUGAGAAGUCGGAUUUCUACUGGAUCCCCCUUCGACUUACGUUAGAGACUCAGGAUCUUGACAUCUUCUGAA